AUGGGAUUCAUUUCUGCACAGUACAUUGCGAGAAGAGGCGCGGAAAUCGCCCUUCAGGCUCGACAGACCUCCGACUCCGACGACGAUGAAGACCAAGAGGCGGGACAGAAAGAGAUAUAUUCAUCAUGGGCGCUGCUCAUCCUCAUAACGCUCCUCAUCCUGGCUUUCUUCACGAGUUAUGUUCUCCGUACGAAGAAGAUUCAGGCAGUGCAUGAGACGGUCAUUUCCAUCUUUGCCGGAAUGGUGAUUGGAUUGAUACUCCGGUUGACCAGCGUCAACACGGUGCUGGAUGCUGUGACAUUUGACUACCAAUUCUUCUUCAAUCUGGUUCUUCCGCCUAUUAUCCUCGCUAGUGGAUAUGAGUUGCACCAGGCCAACUUCUUUCGAAAUAUCGGCAGCAUCCUUACCUUCGCAUGCGCCGGUACAUUCAUAUCUGCGAUUGUGCUUGGUGUCAUCCUAUGGCUUUGGACCCGAAUUCCCCUCGAAGGUCUCAACAUCACCUUUGUCGAAGCGCUCUCAGUGGGAGCGACUCUUUCAGCGACCGACCCAGUCACCAUUCUUGCCAUCUUCAAUACUUACAAAGUGGAUCCGAAACUGUACACAGUAAUCUUCGGAGAGAGUAUUUUGAACGAUGCCAUCGCCAUUGUGCUCUUCGAGACGGCGCAAAAGUACAAGGCGGGCGAAGAGGCUGGUAGCCUGACCAUCUUGAGCUUGUUCGAGAGUAUCGGCGUAUUUCUGCUGACCUUCCUCGGAAGCUUCUUCAUCGGUAUCUUCGUCGGCCUUGCCACGAGUCUUCUGUUGAAGUUCACACACGUACGACGGGACCCGAAAGUCGAGAGCUGUCUCGUCUUCCUCAUCGCCUACGCAUCAUACUUCUUUGCCAAUGCCAUUCACAUGAGUGGUAUUGUGUCUCUCCUCUUCUGCGGUAUUUGCCUCAAGCACUACGCCUACCACAACAUGUCGCGCCGAACCCAACUCACCACCAAAUUCGUGUUCUCCCUGAUGGCCCAACUGAUGGAGAACUUCAUCUUCAUCUACCUCGGGCUCUCGCUGUUCACCGAGCGUGUACUCGAGUACAAGCCUCUCUUCAUCCUGGUCACCGUCAUCGGCAUUUGUGUCGCUCGCUGGUGUGCAGUCUUUCCACUCACAGCGCUGAUCAACUGGUUCAUCCGCACUCGCGCUCGGAGGAGAGGACAGGAAAAUGUCGCGGAGGAAAUUCCGCAAAAUUGGAAGAUCAUGCUGUUCUGGGCUGGUCUUAGAGGCGCCGUAGGAGUUGCGCUUGCAGCUGGUCUGACCGGACCAAACGGCAACGCGCUGCGUGCUACUGUGCUGGUUGUUGUGGUGCUCACUGUCAUCAUCUUUGGUGGCACCACAGCUCGCAUGCUGGAGAUUCUCAACAUCCGCACUGGUGUUGUGGAAGAAAUCGACUCGGACGACGAAUUCGACAUCGAGCCAGUGCCCAGCGCUGGCGCGUAUGGAAGGAAGAACGGUACCGCAUUCGGCCACGUCCCCAAGAACUCCGGCAAUGGCACCAUAGGCCUAGGAGAUGUCGGCGGCCGGACUCGCACGGCGACCUACAGUUCUGGAAACCAGGGCGGCGUCGGCGCAUCUAGCUGGAAGCCGGAACUGGAGCGGCGGAAUUCUUCCCGAAUGCGACAAGAUCGUGCGAGUGCCGCAGAGCGAGGCCUUCUCUAUCAAGGUGACGAUGACGGCCUUGGUGACUACGAAGAUGAGCUUCAGCUGGCUGAUGAUGACGAUGAUCUUGGCCUCCCACCUGCCGCUGCACGGAGAAGUCCGUUGCAACAGGCUGGUGCCGAAGCGAUAUACCCUGUAUCAGGACAACGCGCAGGCGCCGAUGGGCAUGGAAACAUCGCGUCGCAGGCUGCACUCACGGCGAGAGGGGCUAUUUCGCAAAUCCUGAAUGCGACCAGCGAUGAUGCGGGCACUUUGUUUAAUAGACUAGAUGAGAAUUUCUUGAAGCCGCAUUUGCUGUUGGAUCCAGGAGGCGGAAGCAGUGGGCAUGCUCAUGACCCAAAACCUCCGCUGCCCUCUCCUUCGUUCCCGCCGUUCCACUCACGACCUCCGCGCCCUUCAACGCCAACAUCUUCGACCGUUCACGCUGUUGCGAAAUUUCACGCCGCAUUAGCGUAUCCCUCUCUAAUCCCGGCCAAGUCCAUCGUUCGCGGCAAUAUUUCUUCCAGGACAUUCCCCACUCACUGCGAGCGUGCAUUGUACCCCGACGAUGCGGCAAUCCGGGACGGGAAAGGGUUGGAGGUGGAGGGACAAAGGUGGUGGAAGAGUGCUCGGAACAGUAUCGGUGUUUUGUGUAGUGUCUUCAUCGCUGCUGUAAGCGUUGCGAGCGUAGGCGAUUAG